GGCUUAAAGUUUUUACAUCUCCCGCCAAAAGUAUGCUCUGCCCCCCCUUUUUUUCUUGAGAGAAUGCUCAGCUCACAGCCUCACACUACGCCUUUUCCGUCUCAAUUUCUCCACCGUCGAGUUCAUCUGAUCUCUUCGUUUCUUGAAGACCUAUUAUCAUAAUCUCCGCCUUCCCUAAUUUCAAAGCCCGGAAAACGUUUGGCUGCAAAAAGUUGUACCCGUUUGAAAUUUGAGGAAAAAUGUACGGGAGAAAAGCAAGUGAAUUAGUGAAGGAAUUCGCUAGUUGUGAGCCUGGGCAGAUUUGUACUUUCAAUAAUGACCUUUUUGCUCAAGUGCUUGAAGAAUGUGAUGGGCAUCUCCUUCACCUUCAGCCUUUAAUGAGGAAAAUACAAGAGCAUGAAAAUAAAUUGAAAGAUAAAAGGAGAUCAGAAGAGGAAAUUGGAAUUUCAGAAGAUGAAACGAGGAACUCUGAAGCUGAGAAGACACUCAUCCAAAAUGCUCUGAAAUCUGAUCAAUUUGGGGCACUGGUUCAUCACCUUUCCUUGGUCCGCAAUAAGCGCUGUCUCAUGGCUUAUGUAUAUAAACGGGCAGAAGUCAUCAGAAGUUUGGGAUGGAUGGUCGACAGUGUGCUUCCUGAAGAAAUCCAAGAGAAACUCAAUACUACUGAAAAAGAAUAUUUCAAAAAUCAUGCUGCCACUCUACAAUCCUACAUGGCAGAGCUUGAUCUUCAUCUGACUGUGGAUAUGAUUCCUCCUAAAGAUCCCUACAUAAAGGUGAGAGUUCUUGAUGAUAUUGGGGAGAUUGCGCUGAGUGAUCAGGUAGCCAACUUAGCACGACACGCAAUCAUGUUCCUGCGACGAACUGAUGCAGAGCAAUACAUCACUCAGGUCGCUCUACAACUUAUCUGUCUUCUCUGCCAUUAGAUUGAAACCUCUUUUGUAAUUUGAUAGCUAUUGAUACGAACAGGGCCAAAUGGAAGAGCUGACAGGCUGACUCGCUUGGAGGUUCUAGUGUUUGAAAUCCUUCUAUGCUCUAAUCUAUAUCUGAAAUCAAACUGGUGAAGGUUCACUUCACUUUCACAUAUCAACUUCACUUGCACCAUAUUAUGAGAUUCACAUACCACAGUUACUGCUAGGCUUGUUUAACAGUAGUAAUAAAUUUUUACUACAUGACUCACCAUUUUUAUAUUCGGUAGCCUCUUUCGAUCA